UCGCCAAAGCUUCAUUGGUUACAACAUGGCGGCAUUAAAUCCUUAUAGAGUUUCUUAAAUUAUUGAAUAGAUCUUGUCAAAUUACAAGGUCUUGACACUGGAACCUUUAAUUUCGAUUAGCUUGUAAACAGAUUGUUAACAGUGUAGAGAUAUGGAGUUGAAAAUUUAACAGGAUUUUAGACCCUUUAAUCAAGAAUGAACGUAUACAUGAAUGUCCGCUACAGAAAUUGCAGCCCCGCCCAUCGGCCCUAAUAUACAGGGCGUACAGGGGCCAAUCCUCGAAGAUUCGAACCCGAAACCCUCCACAAUCGAUCCGGUCCCUGGACCAGAUGGUCGUACUACCGGGGAGGACGUGGUCAUUAGAAAAGAACCAUCGCAAGCAAAACAAGAAAGUACCUGUGAAAAAGUAGAUAUAGAAAAAACAACUGCUUCAGUUAAAGAAGAACUUAAACUAGAACUAGAUACAGCAAAAAGUGAAGAAAAGGUCAAUAACAACGUUCCAAUAGACACCAGAACAGAUAUGGAACCAGCCGAACAAAAGCCUGUAAAGGGCAAUGCCAAAGUAACAGAAUUCAAAUUACCGGAUAAAGUUGAAAAGGAUUCUGGGAGAGGAGAUGACGUAACUGAUCGUUCAGAACACGUGGUGGACAUUGUUAAACAAUCAAAAUUGAAAGAAACUCAAAAGAACGCGCCUUCAGAAUUAGGAGAGUAUUCAGAUUUUCCAUUAUCCCGUCCAUUGACCGAAACUUCUAUACGAGAUGGGACAAAAAUGUCAUAUGACACAGAAAGGGAGAGAAAAGAAGUGAAAUCAGAAAUUGACCGAGACUCAAAAACUCCAUUUUCAGUAAAGGUGGAACGGAAGCCCCUCCAUACCGCACAAACACGCUCACAUUCUGAUUAUUAUUCGAAAUCUCCAUCUACAAGUAGAUUCACUCAUUUAGCUACUUCCCUUGGACAGUUUUACGGUUUUGCAACAGACCCGACAGCGAAAGAUAUGAGGUUCCAGCCACAAAUGCCUAGAAUGCGGAGACCACCAAAAUUAGUGCGCCUUGCGACCGUAACCAUGUCCCCAAAGACAAAGCCAGUACCGCGCGGCCCAAGUCUGUAUUACGAGGAGCCCCAAAAGCCUAAGAAGGUUAUAACAUGGGAUGAAGCCAUGGAGUCCCGCCCUCCCCUGAGGAUUGACAUGGAGGGACCAGGGCCAACAAAUUAUUCACCAAGGAACAGACCUUUGAACGAGACAAACUCCCCUGCUUGGACUUUUGGAUCCAAAUGUUUUAUUGAAAAAGCUGGUAGUGGUUCAAGGACAUCUUGGGAGAAGACAUGGUUUCAGAACCCGGAAGUGUGGACGUCCAAAGUAGACUUCUAUAAUGACUCGGCGUGGCCCACUCCAACCCAUUACCGUCACCGACCAGCCCUGGGUCCACGCCAGCGCACAAUGAUAGAGGCACCAUCUUUCACUAUCGGGACAAGAAGGGAAACAACGUUCAGCAAAGCAGGUAGCGAAAAGGAACCGUCACCUGUUGACUACGACAAAGAUGUGGCGGACAAGAUUGUGUUGAAGAAAGCACCGGCAUUCUCACACCAGUUUAGGCGGGAAGGAACUGUCGUCUGGUCAUCAAAAGAAAAAGUUCCAGGACCGGGGAGCUACAGCCCUAAAUUCUCCUACAACAAGCCCCACUGCCCGGCGUUCACAAUUCGAUCACUACGAAGGGAAAAGUCUCACGUGCUUGGGCCCUUUUCAACAUUUUGAGGAAGUACACACAAACCAUAGCCACACCAAUAACAGUGUAUAUGUAUUUUUUUUUCAAAGGAUGGUUCGAUUAUAUAUAAACUGACACUUUCUGUUACCAUUACGUUUUCCUAAGGUACCUGAUCACAUGUAUGAGUGCACAUAUGAUAGAAAAAUUAAGACGUUAUAAUACUGGUUUGCAUUUCGUAUUCAAUUUGUAAUUUGCUCAACACAACACGCCUGUUUAUUACGUAUUUUUGCGAGAAAGUAAAUGCUGCUGUAAAUGCUAUAUAUAUUUGCAACUUUUCCCGCAUAUGUGCUGUCUAUAUAAUAACAGUACUUUUUUCUGUGAUGUGAUGUAUUGCCCAUUGUUCUGCACAAGUUCAGCCUCAUUUUGCGUAUGCAUGAAAGUGAAAUAUACAUGUACCAUUCGUAAGCUUGGUAUAAUUAAGACAUUGUGUUUUCUACACAGAUACCUAGUUCAUUUUUACACCCGUUAGAUCAUCUAAUAACAUGUGUAAUGUAAGGUAGGUCUCCUUUAAAAUAUUGUUUUUCUUCACAAAUAUUGCUGGUUCUUGUCUUAGGUUGAAUGUUUUUGGUCAAGGGGUACCAUGUCAGUGAUGCACUAUGUUGACAACUACCUUAGUCUAAUUUUCCAAACUGAAAUUUAUGUCAGAAAUCAAAUGUUCUGAAGUCCUUUCAGAUAAAACAUAGUUGAUAAUUUCAUAUCUUUUUUAAGUUGUAUUUCUUUCCCUAUUUUAAUUAUAUUUCAUAUUUUUCCAUUCAGAUUUCAUCAUCCAUGCAUUAAUUUAACCAACUAACAUGCCAUCAUUACUAUCCAUAAACAUGUAUAUAUAAACAUUUAAUAUUUUGUCAGAUUUCUAUAUUUACAUCAUUGUUAAAUUUUGAAUAAAUUUAUAUUAAAUGCAUUUUGUGCAAAUACCAGUAUGGCUAAAUUGUGUUUUGAAGCUGUAUCAAAUUUUGUUCACAUGUUUUGUGUGCCAAACUUGUUUUCUGUUCUUACAAUAAAAUAAAACCAUAAAAAAAAAAAA